GUGAAUCUUUUAUAGGAGUUGAUCGUAGGAGGGUUGAAUCCGCUCCUGCAAUCUGUUUUAUAAAUAUUUUUAUUAUAUUAAUUCGAUUAAUUAUUAAAUAAUUUUUAACGGUGGUCAAAGUGCGUUCUGAGUGACUCUAGCUUAUCGGUCAAGUGCGGUCCGGAUAGUGCAAUAAUCAUAUCUACUGGUCAGCGGUCAAUAUAAACUUUAUCCAGAACUUAUGGCACGAUCGAAACCAGUUUAUCCGCAUAGAUGAGCUGCGCGGAACUGGAUAACGCUGCCCGACGGGAAGGGAAGCACGCGGUACACUGGUUCAGAAAGGGACUAAGACUUCAUGACAACCCUUCUUUAAGAGAGGGACUCCAGGGCGCCACCACAUUCAGAUGCGUUUUCGUUUUAGAUCCCUGGUUCGCCGGAUCUUCAAACGUCGGAAUUAACAAAUGGAGGUUUCUUCUACAAUGCCUGGAAGAUCUGGAUAGAAGCCUAAGGAAACUAAACUCCAGACUGUUUGUCAUCAGGGGACAACCGGCCGAUACCCUCCCAAAACUGUUUAGGGAGUGGGGUACCACGGCGUUAACUUUCGAAGAAGAUCCCGAACCCUUUGGGAGAGUGAGGGAUCACAACAUCACCGCACUGUGUAAGGAAUUGGGUAUCACUGUUGUACAGAAUGUGUCACACACUUUGUAUCAGUUGCAAAAUAUUAUUGACAGAAAUGGAGGUAAAGCCCCUCUAACCUACCAUCAAUUCCUGGCAGUGAUCGCUUGUAUGGGUCCACCACCUCAACCGGAACCCCCAGUAACCGGUUCCACAGUGGAACUGGCCCAUACUCCUUUAGCAGAAGACCACGAUGAAAAAUUCGGGGUGCCCACCUUGGAAGAGUUGGGGUUCGAUACUGAGGGAUUAAACCCUCCAGUGUGGCAGGGAGGUGAAACGGAAGCGUUAGCCAGACUGGAACGACACCUGGAAAGAAAAGCGUGGGUGGCGUCCUUCGGGAGACCCAAAAUGACCCCCCAGUCGCUUCUACCCUCGCAAACAGGCUUGUCGCCCUAUUUGAGGUUCGGAUGUUUAUCCACCAGAUUGUUUUAUUAUCAACUUACCGAUCUAUAUAAGAAAAUUAAAAAGGCGUUUCCACCCCUGUCGCUUCACGGGCAAUUACUAUGGAGGGAAUUUUUCUACUGUGCGGCCACUAAAAAUCCCAAUUUCGAUAAAAUGCUUGGGAAUCCCAUAUGCGUACAAAUACCGUGGGAUAGGAACGCGGAAGCGCUGGCCAAAUGGGCAAAUGGUCAAACGGGCUUUCCCUGGAUCGACGCCAUAAUGACCCAGCUGAGACAAGAGGGUUGGAUCCAUCAUUUGGCCAGACAUGCUGUGGCCUGUUUUUUAACCAGGGGAGACCUCUGGAUUUCGUGGGAGGAAGGAAUGAAGGUCUUCGAGGAACUUCUCCUGGAUGCCGAUUGGUCAGUGAACGCGGGCAUGUGGAUGUGGCUCUCUUGUUCCAGUUUUUUCCAGCAGUUUUUCCACUGUUAUUGUCCGGUGAAGUUUGGAAGGAAAGCGGAUCCUAACGGGGAUUAUAUACGUAAAUAUUUACCAAUACUCAAGAACAUGCCGACCCAGUACAUCCACGAACCGUGGAUGUCUCCUGAAAACGUGCAAAAAGCGGCCAAAUGUAUAGUAGGGACCGACUAUCCCUUGCCAAUGGUCAACCAUAUAUCUGUUAGUAAAAUUAACAUACAGAGAAUGAAACAGGUUUAUCAGCAGCUUUCCAACUAUCGGCAACACGAGGCCAAUUAUUAUUCGAACAACUUGAAAAGAUACGAUCAAGGACCUUACAGGGAUAAUUAUCAUAAAGGGAUUUUAACAGUCAAUUACAAUAAUAAUUCUAGAAAUGCUCAGUAAUAAUUAUUAUUAAUAAGACCUUUAAAGCUAAAUUAAUAAGGUGUUUUUUUUAUAUAUAUAUAUUUUUAUUGGUAAUAAAUUUAUAUGAUGCAACUUUUGUAUUUAUUAAAGGAAUUGACAAUU